AUGGUCUGGGAUUUGAGAAUGCAGUCUUGUGUCAGGGCCAUGCUGCAACACGGCCGUCAAGUUGUUGACCUACGUGUGGAUUGGCCGACGUUUCAGGGCAUGAGCUGCUCCGCAGACCGCAGCAUCAUUCUCUGGGACCUCGAGGUGGCCGAGCCCUUGCAAAGGUUCGACAAGCAUCCUGGCAGCGUGUGGUGCUUGGAUGUGGACUGGGCUGGGCGGAGAAUGGUCACAGGAGCGGGGCCUGGAGACAACUCGAUCUUCGUGUGGGACUUCCGGGAUGGCUUUGUCGAGCGCCAGAUUCUGGGACAUGAAGGAAGUGUUUGGGCGCUUGCGGUUGACUGGGAAGUUGCCCACAAGGCUUUUGAGACGGCCCAAGGCGUAGGCCUCCAGACAGAGGCCGGCAUUGAGCCUCCAGACUCGAAUGUGCCAAGCAAGGAAGAGAUGCAGAGUGGAGGGGAGUCGCCCGACGGCAAGUCACACAAGGGAAAGAGAAGGAAGAAGUGGGUCAAGCGCCGGGUGAAGACCACCGAGUGA